UUGGCUGACAGAGAGAGCUGGAUCAGCACCAGCGGCGAGCAGUAGAGGAGUGUGAUAGAGUACUAGUGCAGGUUGCUGCAGGAGAGGAUGGCAGAGGAAUGGAUCUCUCCCGGACCAGCACCCAGUGCGACCACUCCAGCCCAGCCCAGAGCAGCCCUGACUCAGCCACACCACCAAAUCCAGCCCCAGGCUCUGGUCCCGUUUCACAGAGAAGGCCCCAAAAGGAUGCAACCAGCCCCACAGCUGCAUUUCUGUCACAGGUGAGAGCAGGUGACGAGGCCCUGAAAGAGGCACGAGCCGAGCUCACAGAGGCCCGAAAGAGAUGGCACCGUCUACAGGUGGAAAUUGAAUCUCUACAUGCCUUGGAGAGGAGUUUCCAUAGCUCUCUACACCACACUCAGCUCCAGUACUCUGUGCAGCUCAAGGAUCUGUCCCAGUCUGUCAGGAGUCUGGAGUCUGAGCUAGAAACUGUGCGGGACGGUCUGGAAGUGCAGAAACAGAACCAUACCCAGCUCCUCAACACCAAGAUGAGGCUGGAGAGAGAGAUCACAACCUAUAGGAAACUCCUGGAACAUGAGGAGGGCAGGUUUCUGAACUCAGAUGGUCGGCCUCUAAAGCUGAAGCCAUGGAAGGGCUCAGUUCCUGCUCCAGAGCAGAACGGCCUGCCCAACGGAUGUGACGAGGAUAUCGCUGAGCCGUUCUUCACUGAGAUGACUCCAAAAAUAAGCAUAAAACCAGUCAUAAACAAAGAUGGGGAGAUCUGUACUGUGAAGACUCAAGAGAUUCUGGAAGGAAAUGUAGUGAGGGAGAGUGCUGAGGGUCACGGAAAUGUGGAGACAGAGAAGAUUGACAAGGUCAUCAGGCAAUGGGAAGGGUCAUUCUUUAAAGGAAAUCCCAAGCUGAGGAAGAAAUCUGUGUCUCUGCGUUUCAACCUUCAUAUGGCUGUAGCAGAUGAGGGUUGCAGCCAGAUAAAACAGGACAGUCUCCCUAACGUGGAGGUCCGUCUGGUCAUGAGACGGUCUCGCAGCAUACCGACUUUUGCCCAGUGUAAUGCUACUACAUCACAACUGUGACCUCACAAUGCUACUGCAUUACAACUGAGUAGUGGUGACCACGUCUCAAUGUCUCGGCGGCUAAUAAAAGCAAAUCACUUUAGUGACGUCAUAGAACUUUUGCCAUUUGAAAGAAAAAAGCGUCACAUCAUCAGUAAAGCGUUCAAAAACAAAAAAACUCAAAUAGCUUUUAUGAUUGUAAUGAACUCAUGAAGAUAAAGCUACUUAAAGAAAUUUCAAGGCAAAUUAAUUUGUAGUUGAUUUAUUUUACUUCAAACUUAAUGAAUGGGAGUACGAACGUCUUGCGGUGUUUCAGAUUUCGUACAUUGUGACUUUAGAGUGUGACGCUCCUUGUGGACGCUCUACUGCCACAUUAUUGAUUAUUAGCACAUAUUACGUUACUGAAAACCUAUAAAAACUAUAGGUUUCUGAAAAUGUGUAUAGUUUAUACAUCUAUAGAGCUGAAUCUUCAGUCUCAGUGAGAAAAGGUCAAUGUGGAUACAGAGAUUUCACAUUCAGUGCAGCGUUAAAAAAAGAUAUCUUAUUGCAUUUGACAAAUGUUACUGGAACUAAUUUAACACUCCAGUGAACGCUAAGGGGGUAUGAAGUUCUGGUUCUGCAGGAGACGGUAGUGUGAACCAAAACAAAAUAUUGCGAAAUUUGCAAAUGUGGCUAAAAUCUGCAGCCAAAACAAAUGAUUUAUGGUGAAACCGAUGUACUGUCCUCACGAUAUUGCCUGCAUGGAUGAUGACUAGCAGUCUAUCACUGCAGAGAGAAAGAGAUGCUAAAAGUGAAAUGUUGACUAUGAUCUUCUCUAUUACUUACACUCGCCUAUAAAAGUUAUAUUGCUUUGUAUUACGGAUGCAUAUAGUUUACGCUUUAUUUAAAGUGCAAAUACUGUGUCUUCCAAUCAAAAAUUAUGCAGGAUUGUUUAAAACUUGAAAUGAUCAUACUUCAACAACCAAAAAAAAAAAGGAUUUUGCAUUUCUCAUCUACGCGUUAAUCAUUUAAACUGAUUUAUUUACAUACCCAUUAUGUUCUACCUCUGAUGGUUGUUGUACUGAAAAUACAUGGGGUUCUUCCUGAUGCAACAAAGAAAUGGAUACAUAUGCAUAUAUUUAAUUUGAAGUUAUAUUAAAUCUAAUUAAAUCUAUAUCCCUGAAAUAUGAAUAUAUUAGUUACUGCUUUAGUUUCUUAUGUAAUGCACAAUCUAGUGUCUGUCCAAGGGAUUGUAACUCACUGUGAAGAGAAAUUACAUCAUAUGCAUUGGUAA